CCAUUGAUCUGAGUUUUUAAAGGGAUGAAAACAUUCCCAACAAAGCACAAGAGAAGGCUAAGAAGUGAAAGAAUGUGAUACUUCUACGGAAUUGCAAAUAAUUGGAUGUUGCCACAGCUAAGGGAGCUGGUGGCAGUAGGCUAGGCUUCAGAGCUAUUUGGGGAACAACCUUGGAUAUAUCUUGCUAAGCUCAGGAUUUUGAACUUUACCCUGAAUGCAUCCUGAUGCGUACUUUUUCAGCAUUAUCUCUUUUAUUUAAACUGCACCUAGUUACACCAAGCUUAUCAGCAGUUUUCCUCGAUGCACUUCUUCACUUCUCUGCUUUUGCUUCCACUGAGAGGCACCAAAUCUUUACAAUCUUAGAGGUUACCAUCUCAACUUAUUGCCUGUGGUAAAAACUUUUUUUCUUUAACCAACCCUUAUGGAAGUCUAAUACUGCAGGCUGAGCACUAGGGUUUGGUAAUAUAAAAAUCAUUUAAAUCAUGUUCCUGCCUUUGAGGAUCUCACCACACAAAAAAGGACGAGUUGUGUUGUAAAUGCCAAUAAAGGAAAAGGAAGAGUAUUGAGAUUCUGAAUAGCAGAACCUUGCACAUCCAGGAAUCCAAUGGAAAUUCAUACAGCUUUGAGAACGAUGGAAGUCAACAUAAAGCUAUGAAAUGUGAUAUCAAAAAUACUUUUAAAACCAGCAAGCUAAGCAGCCAGGGAAAGUCCAAGGCCGGGGGUCUACCUGCAAGAUGGAAUGAAGAAUUAAGGAGCAAUACUGCUGCACAGAGUAAUGAUGCGGGUGUGCUGGUUGGUGAGACAGGAUAACCGGCACCAGCGAAUCAAACUUCCACAUUUGGAAGCAGUCAUGGUUGGGCGUGGCCCAGAGACCAAGAUCGUUGACAAGAAAUGUUCUCGACAGCAAGUACAGUUGAAAGCAGAGUGUAACAAAGGAUAUGUCAAGGUGAAGCAGGUAGGGGUCAAUCCCACCAGCAUUGACUCGGUCAUAAUUGGGAAGGACCAAGAGGUGAAGCUGCAGCCUGGCCAAAUUCUCCACAUGGUGAAUGAACUUUAUCCAUAUAUUGUAGAGUUUGAGGAAGAGGCAGAGAGCCCUGGCCUAGAAACACACAGGAAGAGAAAGAGGUCAGGCAGCAGUGAUUCUAUAGAAGGGGAUGCUGCCCAGGAAGCUGAGUCCUGUAGAGGACUGGAACCUGGGAGUGACCCUGGCCAAUCCUCUGUGCCCUCAAAGAAAGGGAAAGAUGCAUCUACCAAAAAGGAAUCAUUGGGCCACUGGAGUCAAGGCUUGAAAAUUUCUAUGCAGGAUCCCAAAAUGCAGGUUUACAAAGAUGAGCAGGUGGUGGUGAUUAAGGAUAAAUAUCCCAAGGCUCGUCACCACUGGCUGGUCUUACCAUGGGCUUCCAUUUCCAGUCUGAAGGCUGUGACCAGGGAACACCUUGAGCUCCUUAAACACAUGCACACUGUGGGGGAAAAGAUGAUCACAGAUUUCGCUGGGUCCAGCAAACUCCGCUUCCGUUUGGGUUACCAUGCCAUUCCCAGCAUGAGCCAUGUACACCUCCAUGUGAUCAGCCAGGAUUUUGAUUCUCCUUGCCUUAAAAACAAAAAACACUGGAAUUCUUUCAAUACAGAAUACUUCCUGGAAUCACAAGCUGUGAUAGAGAUGGUGCAGGACGCUGGCAGAGUGAGUGUCCGAGAUGGGAUGCCUGAGCUCUUGAGGCUGCCCCUGCGUUGUCACGAGUGCCAGCAGUCACUGCCUUCCAUUCCCCAGCUGAAAGAGCAUCUCAGGAGGCACUGGCCAGAGUGAUUCCACGGAGCCUGAACCUUUGCAGCAGGUGUGGCUGAUUGUGUAGAGCAAAUUCCUGGCACCUGUCCUGGAUUGCCUGUGAACUUUUAUUUCUUGAAUUAAAACAUGCAGUUUGUU